AGGACGUGCCAACGCGGACCGCCACUUACGUCUAACUGGCAGUGCCACAGCGCCACCCGCCUUACGACUACGAGUUACAGCAACUCAAGUUUAAUCAACAAUCAGUGUUUAGUAGCGUUGUACAAACGGUUCUUAUUUUACAUUCUCUAUUGUAUUCCACCGCCAGACACCAGUCAAGACACGUCAGUGUGCUAUUGUACGUCAACGAUACUUUAUCGCUAUUUGCUAACGUACGCAUCAGUUUUUGCCACGUAUUCACAUUCUUUUUGCAAUCGUCGAUCGUCCGAACCGUGAAAAAUGGCACCAAAACAGAGGAUGAGGAUCGCCAACGAAAAGGCCAGCAAAAAUAUCACACAGCGGGGUAACGUACCAAAAUCGACGAAAUCGGAAAAAAACAAAACACCUGUUAGUCCGUGGCUACUGGCACUGUUUUUGUUCGUCGUCUGCGGAUCUGUUAUAUUUCAACUCAUACAAAGCAUAAGGAGUGCAUGAAUACCAAUUCUCCAUGUUACUACAAUUAAUAUUUUCAUCAACAUUCUUGCAUCUCAAAAUGUUAUUCCCAUCAAUGUAUUUUUUUUUUUAAAUGUGUUAUUUUUUUCUGGUAAAUAAUUAUUUCUUUAUUAUAAUUUUAUUCUUACAUAUUCUUAUUAUUAUUAUUGUUUUUUUUAAUGAAACAUUAAUAUGCAAUUUAUACUUCAUAAUUUUUUUUACGAAGUGUAAACAAUUUUUGUUAUAACAGUAAUUCUCAAAAUCUUUAUACGUUAUUAAUUAUAUUUUUUUAUCAGUGCUAAUUGAAA